CGUGAGAACUGCAUCAGCUGAUCUCGGAAAAGCCUUAACCAGUGCAGACGACAGGAAGCAAGUUAUUUUUGUCCCAUUUAGUGACUUCUCGAAUAUGUCUUCUGGGUCAUUCCACAGCGGAUGGUAGGAGAGAGAACAUGGCUUCGGAGACUUCAGAGAGGUUGAAAGUAACUUCCGAAAUAUUUGAUUACUUCAAGAAAGAAGCGAUUGAUGGCUCCCCAGGAGCUGUGUUAACAAGGUAUGAAUUUGUGUACCCUUCCUACAUGACAUCAGGUGAGGCCAAUAAAAAAAUGAAAGCGAAGGAUCUGCCAGUCAGCGAAAAGGACAGUCAGACUAAGAAAGAAGGUGUUGUUCUUAUAGAACAACAGAGUGCCACAAUCAUAGACUUGGUCGGUGAACAGGUUUGGCGCGGAGCUCUCCUUCUUGCAGACUUUAUCUUCCACCAUCCUGAGAUCUUCAAGAAUGCAAAUAUCCUGGAACUGGCUUCUGGGGUUGGAUUAACAUCCAUUGUCGCCAGCAUGAUUGUAAAGAAAGUUUUGAUUACAGAUGUGGACCGUGGGGAAAUUUUUUCUCUAAUUCAUCGUAAUUUCAAAAGAAAUAAAGCAUUGGUUAAAGCAGAAACCCUUGUGAAAGAAUUAGAUUUUGAUAACCAUGCUACAAUAGAUGAAAACUCUGAGUCACUUAAAGACAUCUCUAUCAUCCUGGCUGCAGAUAUAAUAUAUAACAACCACUUGACAGAGCUGUUCUUCAAGACAGUAUUGAGAUUGAUGAGUGAACCGCCUAACAAGACAUUGUAUGUGGCACAAGAGAAGAGGUACGUUUUUUCAUUUGCAUUUUGCUAUGAUUAUUUCCUUGACCGCAUAGAGUGGCUGCGUUCUCAGAAUACAUCAACAAUCAACUGGACUACAGAAGAAGUCCCCAUCGAUUUCAAGCAGUACUUCAACUAUGAAAAGUCACAGAAUUUAGUGCUCUGGAAAAUUAGUGCAGAGUUAAAAUGAUAUGGAGGAAUUAAUAUACAAUAUGUGUAUA